AUGCCGGCAGUCUGGCCUCAGUUUCUUGUGUCUCUUGAGCUUGGAGAAGGUUACAGACACGAUGUGUUUGAUCAGGGCUCUCGCCCAGCACGCAGAAAUUACAAUGGCCCCUCAUCCGGCGAAGCAGCUGCCACAGAAAAUACAGUAAUUUAG